CUCCCCCUUCCCUCCUUCCCUCUCCUCAACAACUUCUUUUCUCUAUCCUGCUCCUCCACUCUUCCUCUCCCGCACAUCCUGCGCCCUCUGGGCCCGGUAUACACAGAAACGUCCGACUUAAUGGAGAAUACUGAGCGCCCGUCAUCGGAGGAUGCCCCCUCAAGUGUUAAUGAUCUCUCCGGCCAAUCCAUGCUAGACCGUCUCCGGGCCCGGCAAGCUCAAGCCACCUCACAGGCCAACAACGGUGGCGGCCACCGUGGUCCCACCCGACACAGGUACUAUUCCCGCUCCUCGACCCAGCAAAGUUCCCCCGGAGUCAAUCGCCGCGAAUCGAACAGACAGCAGAAUCGAUCUGCACCCUACAGCUUUUCCGCUCGUGGACCGCGGAUGCCUGCUCAGGUCCACACUCCGAACAAUACCCAUGGUGCUCGGGGUACCUUUGGCACAGUUCCUACCACUGAGGAUAGAGACAAGACGCGUGAGGAUCCUCUUCGCAUGGUCAGCGAAGACGACACGAAGCUCUUCAGAAACCGAUCCAGACUGGUGUCCUUUCGAUACAUGAACAUCACGGAUGACCUCAUGGCCCGCUGGAUAGCCACCAAGGGUGCUAAUCCGGAUAGGUUUAAAUUCAAGCUGAGUGAGGCCAAGAAGGUGUGCGGGGAGCAGAUGAGGAAGAUGUUCAUGUCUCCAGCGUUCACGGAUAUCAUACUCAAGAACCUCAAAGCGUACCGCGAAGAGAACCCAACGGGUCGACCUCCUCACCAAAUGGACGAUAAUGAUCUGGGCACCUUCAUGACAAGUCUUUUCAAAUACGACGCGUACACGGAAAUGAUGUCCCCCCUCAGACAGUGCCUCGACCUCGACAAGAUCUGGGAGGAUCGGGGACUGCUUCACACAUAUUGUCGAAGCCUCUUCCUCACUGCAGGUACUGCCAUCGUCCACAUGCUUAAAGAUGAUUGGAUCGGCCACAGGAAGUCCACGGUCUCUUAUCGAUUCCAAGAGAGUCUAUUCAGCUGUCCGCGUGGUCCCCGCCCAGGACUAGUUUGUGGACCUUCCUGAUCCAGGGGAUUUCCCGAGCCCCGAUAACAUAUUGAAGACCAGGAGGCCCGCGGAAGGUGUCGACAUCGGACAGUCAGACAGCUUCAUUAUGGAUCUGGCAGAUGAUGAAGACUGAGGGCCACACAUGGAGACUGGAGGUGGAGAGUGCACGGUGUCGCCGGUGCCGGGAAUCCUGUGGCGGUGGACCGUCAGCUAAAGACUCUGUGUGCAAUAGUCAAUCGUGGGACAAAUGAAUCAAAUCUCUUCUCUCUCGUUCUGCAAUUCUCGCUUGAUUGUCAUCUCAGUACUACUUCUUUACUCUGCCUAUGGCUGAUGUGCCAUUGCUUCUGCUAAGUGUUGCGCCUUUCACGGAGAAGCAUACCACCAAGAGAGGGUACCGGAAGACGUACACGUUGAAGGGUCAACACGCGGGCGGCUCAAC